ACUCGGAUUGAAAACACACCCGGACAGCAGGGAGGAGAUGCCAAAGACGGCACCAUUGUGAACCAGGAGACCGGUUGACCCUUGGAAGAGCAACAGGGCUCCCAAGGAGGUGUGAACGGGAGUAAACAUUGACGCGUGAAAUGCCAACCCUAUUCCCUUGUCAAUGAAUUCAAUUGAACUGCAGUUGCCUCUGCUCGACCUCCGUGGUUGUAUCCAUGAGUAACAACAAGACCAGUACGUAGAUGGCUGGCGAGAGGGUGAAUCCCGACCGGAUGACCGGGGAGAAUCAGCAGAUUCUGUGGUCGGCGACCAGGGCAGCCGUUGCCAUUGCGUCAAGACCAGAUGGUCCCCGAGCCAGCAGAGUUUGGGCGUCCCGUGAAACGGAGAUCCUUUGGAGGAUUCGUGUCCUGCUCCGCGAAAGACACAUUGCGGGGGGUGUGUCUUCGUCUACUUGGGAGGAUGUGCUACCAGACCUGUAUCAAUCUCCAUCCUCAGAUUCAGACCGCGAUAGCGCUCUCUCGGACCCUGCGUCUGAAUCCCUGCAUGUGCCCGAUAAUCCUGAUUCAUCCAAUGUUACACCAGAGUGCCGAGGGAUUGCCCUGAGGACCGGCGAUCGAACUACUGCGCCAGUCCUUCGAGAACGCUUCGGUCGGGACCCUGUCCGAAUACCGCGAUAUUACCGGGGAACUGCCACUCUGGCCAAUGAACGUCCUGUCCUUCCGUAACUUAACAUAUCUCCGGUUAUAAUACAGUUCGAGCUCGGAACUGUUCGUACCCGAUGCCUAAGGCAGUUGCCAGGCUGCAGAUCCAUUCUGGCAUUAUUUUCAAUCGGUGGCUGGCCUUAUACGCCGCAGAUCAGUGUGACCUAUCUU